CUUUUUAUCUUUUCUUCUCUUCUUUACCUUUGAAUAGAUAUUCAAUCAAAGGAAAGAAAGAAUGAAUAAACCAAUAGGAAUUUCAUUGGAAUCAAUAUUAAAUGAUCCUACAUCAGAUAUAUUUAAUGAAUUUACAACUUAUUUAAAUCAAACUUACUGUGUUGAAAACUUGACUUUUUGGCUCGCUACACAAGAAUACAAUAAAAUAGGACUGCAACAAGAACGACAGGAAUUAGGUGAAAGAAUGAUUCGUCUUUAUAUUUUACCAAAUUCAUCACAAGAAAUUAAUAUUCCUUAUUGUAUACGACAACCUAUACUUGAUUUCUAUUAUUCUCAUAAAGAUCACUAUACAAGAUGUCUUUUUAAUGAAGCGGCUGAUUCUGUACUCGAAUUAAUGAGAGCCAAUUCUUUUUUACCUUGGAUAUCAUCUCUUGUUAACCCAAAGCAUUAUUCAACAACAUGGCCCUUUCUUACUAAUAAAGAAAAAGGAACAAAUGCUUCAUUAAAAGGGAAUCUUGAUAGCUAUUGUCAAAGUUGUUCCUUUUUAGAUGAUAUGUCAUUGAUUCAUUCUUCUUCUUCUUUCUCGACACAUCACAAUUUAAACUUGGAUAAUAAUAAUAAUAAAUUCUUCAUCUCUUCAGCUCCGCCUUCCAUCUCAACUACUUCUUCAUCAAGGACUCAGUGUAAAAGAAUAUGGAAACAAUUGAAAACUUCUCUUUUAAAACACCGAAUAUCCAUGACAACAGCUCUUGUAACGAAACAUCCAAAAUCAUAAUAUAUCCAUGCCAACUAUACUAUAUGCAUGCAAAUGUGUAUACAUACCUUCUUCUUCUACUUCAAUUAUAUUGUAUACAUAAUAAAAAGUUUAUUAGACACAUCUAGAAUCUUCUUUAUAAUAAUUCCUAUUUUGUCUAUUUUCUCCUUUUUAUUAUCAGUAUUGUUACUGCUGCUGCUGCUGCUAUCUAGACUAGACUAGAUACUACUACUAACUAUCGUGUUCUUUAUGUUAUAAUAAAGAUUAGG